AUGUAUGCAGGAAAGAUGUUGAACCUAUUACAUGAUGUAGAAAAGUAUAGUGUUACUUCAAUUAAUGAGAUUAAUGUUGCGUACAAAAGAAUAUAUGUUGUACUGAAUGAUCUAUUGUUCGAUGGUUUGAUAGACCUAAAGAUUUACAAAUUUUUACAUGUGGAGAAGCCUAGGAUUCCAACAGUUUUUGGAAUCCCUAAGGUGCACAAAGACCAAAUGGACCCUCCCCUUAGACUUAUUGUCGCUGCAAAUGGAUCAGUUACAGCCCCUCUUGCCAAGUAUAUAGAUCUUAAAAUUAAGCAUAUAAUUGAUGAGAAUGAAAACAUCUUAAAGGAUUCUUGGCAUUUUCUUAGUAAAAUAAAACCCCAUUUGUAUGAUGAGACCACUGGCUUUGGUACAUUAGAUGUUGUAGACUUAUUCACCAAUAUACCUCAUGACACGGGUUUAGCCUGUGGCUUUGAUGCUGACAACAAAACAACAGCAUGCAGAAUCCCUGAAGACAAGGAUGUAGCAGUGCUGAGCUUCAAUACGAUCGAUGCUACUAGAACCCUAAAAUGUGUCAACCUGAAGAAAGCAGCUGGCCCUGACAACAUCACGGGCAGGGUACUAAGGGAAUGUGUGAUCCAACUGGCUCCAGUACUCAGUGACAUCAUCAACACUUCACUCCAUCUAGCCAGUGUUCCAAAAUGCUUUGAGGAGAUGACGAUCAUUCCUCUACCCAAGAAACCACAGCCAACAACUUUGAAUGACUACCGACCAGUUGCUUUAACCUCGACGGUACCACAGUCUCUCUGUAGUGAAACCUGUCUUGUGGGGUUCCAGAAAGCUAUAAGGCCAGGACAUCCAAUUUGUUGCUUUGACUGCAUCCCAUGUUCUGAGGGAGAGAUCUCUAACCAUACCGAUUCUACUGCCUGUACAAAAUGCCAAGAUGACCAUUGGCCAAAUUCCAAAGGAGAUGCCUGCAUUCCAAAGCCCAUGGAAUUCCUUGCCUAUCAAGACUCUCUUGGUCUGACUCUGGCUGCCAUUGCUUGCAUCUGUGCACUGAUCUCUGUCUUGGUUCUGGUUGUAUUUGCCAGGUAUCAUGACACUCCCAUUGUAAGGGCUAACAAUCGUGGACUUAGCUAUGUCUUUCUUCUGGGCCUAGCGCUGUGUUUCCUUUGUUCUCUGAUAUUCAUUGGGCUGCCUACUUCGGCAGUGUGCAAGUUUCGACAAGUCGCCUUUGGACUAGUUUUUGUUUUUUGUGUCUCUUGUGUGCUCUCAAAAACAGUAAUUGUCAUCAUUGCAUUUAGAGCAACAAAACCAAACAGCAACUUAAGCAAAUGGGUUGGACCCCAGAUACCCAUUUCAACAGUGUUCAUCUGCAUGUUGUUCCAGAUUAUUAUUUGCUCUGUCUGGUUAACUGUGGCGCCACCAUUCUCAGAACAAAACAUGAAGUCCCAGAUUGGGAAGAUUAGCAUUGAAUGUAAUGAAGGGUCUAUUACUGCUUUCUGGUGCAUGCUAGGAUAUAUGGGUUUAUUGUCAUGUGUAAGUUUUGUAGUUGCAUUCCUGGCUAGAAAUCUGCCUGACAGUUUUAAUGAAGCUAGAUUUAUAACUUUUAGCAUGCUAGUGUUUGUUAGUGUCUGGUUGUCAUUUAUCCCAGCCUAUCUCAGCACAAAGGGGAAGUACAUGGUUGCUGUGGAGAUAUUUGCCAUUCUGUCUUCCAGUGCUGGUUUACUCAGCUGUAUUUUUCUUCCAAAAUGUUACAUUAUCCUAUUGAGACCUGAACUAAAUACUAGAGGGGUUCUUAUGGGAAAAAGGAAAUAUGAGAGCAAAAAUGAAUAA